UUCAAAAUUUAUGUUAUGACCUGGAUCUGGAUGCAUCCGCGCUUCUCCAGAAGAUUGUGCCGGUUUUUCGAGCUUCUGCAAUGGAGGCGUUAGCUCCGAAUCGGAUACGGGUCGAGGAUUUCUUCACUUCAAAUUUCGACACUCUCUCUCCCAACUUUGAUCACGUCUCCAAAAAGCCCAAGCUUUCACCUUCCCCGGCUCACCAGCCUCCCGAUUCCGCGGCACCACACAUUUCUGCAAAGUCCACAAUCUCGAGGUUUUUCCGGUACCCGGAAGUUACCGCCCAGCUAAAGAGACAAGUCCACGCUCCUUGUAGACAAACCAGGUUCCGAUUCUCUGCGAAUUCGAGGAAUUUUUCUGGCAAGGUUGAUUUUGGAGAGGAGAAUCCGGGUAGUAGAAGUGGGAGUCUUUUGAGUAAGCGGUACGAGAGGGCGAAAGAGAGUGCAUUUCGCUGUUUGAGGUAUGUAAGGAAAGAGGAGGAUGUGAUUGAGGUCGAUAAUGAAGAAGUUGAGGUUGUAGAGAAGGUGAGAGUAGAAUAUCCUCCAAAGGAUGGUGAUGAGGAAGUGGAAAUCUUGGGUGCUUCCGUACGAAACGAGGAUGAGGAGAAGGAGAGGACACUUAAACCCUCUAGUUCUUCGGGCGUUACCGAAUUGGAUAAUCUGGACCUCCCAUCGUACAAGAAGUUGCUUGAUGCCGUGAAUAAGAAAGAUGAUAUGUUCAAAAGGCUCAAGUUUGAUAUCGAAUUGCUUGAGAAACGCCGAUUGCAUUUGCAGACUCAGAAGAAAGCAGGGGAGGUGAAGGAGGUACUGUGUCUAAUUCAGGAACCUUUUGUCUCUCUCACUGAGGAAGAAGAUGCUGAAGUUGCUUGUGCUUUAUCUAAUUCCAAUAGGCACAAUGUGUUGGUAACUCAUGAGAAUUCCAACAUUGAUAUUACUGGGAAGUUAUUGCAGUGUUUGAAACCAGGGGCAUGGUUGAAUGAUGAGGUUAUUAAUGUCUAUCUUGAGCUGUUAAAAGAGAGAGAAAAACAGGAGCCCCAAAAGUUCCUGAGAUGCCAUUUCUUCAACACAUUCUUUUACAAGCGUUUAACAAGAGGUGGCUACAAUUACCAAUCUGUGCGAAGAUGGACUUCUCAACGGAAAUUGGGGUACUGUCUACUUGAAUGUGACAAAAUUUUUGUUCCUAUCCACAAAGAAGUGCAUUGGUGUUUAGCUGUCAUCAACAAGAAGGAUGGAAAGUUCCAGUAUCUUGAUUCAUUGAGGGGAAGAGAUCCUUGUGUUAUGCCAAUACUAGCUAAAUACUUUGUAGAUGAAGUGAAGGACAAGAGUGGGAAGCUGAUUGAUGUUAGUUCAUGGGAGCAAGAAUUUGUUGAAGACCUUCCUGAGCAACAAAAUGGGUUUGACUGUGGCAUGUUUAUGAUCAAGUAUGUUGAUUUUUACAGCAGAGACAAGGGACUUUGUUUUAGCCAGGAGCACAUGCCAUAUUUUAGGUUAAGGACAGCAAAGGAGAUAUUGAGGUUGAAGGCCGAGUGAUGAUGGAUUGGGCUUUCUUGGUUUUUGCCCUUCAUACGUAAUUCGUGGCUCUGGGAUCCAGGCCCGCCAAUCUCAAUGAGUACUAUUAGUUGGAACGGUUGUGACUUAGGUAGACCAUGUAGUAUAGUUUGGGAAUUAACAGAAAUGGUGUCUAAGAAGUUACCCAAUUUUAUCUUUUGGAUGGAACCGAAGUUUAAUGAUGCUUCCAAUUAA